UCGUUGCGUACCCUGGUAACAUUGGACCCCCACUUGCACGUUCCCAAGUCGGAGGCGCAUAUACGACGGCCCGACACCGAUAUACCGACAACGACAACGACGCCGACCGGCGAUCAUCAUCCGUCCUAGCGUCUGCAGUUGUUGCAGUCGGCUCACGGCGCUCACCGUCGAGCACGCGACCGCGUAUUCCAAGGGGAUUCCCGCCGUUUCCGUACUCCGUACUCUUCCAUACUUUUAUUCGGGCAUUUUUUUUAACGCCGCCAAGUUACGGCCGUUAAGCGUUACGCGAUACGAAGUGUGAGUCACACACAGGUGCCACGGAACCGGACCCCGCUGCGGAGAAAGAUCGCGAUUCCAUUCCUCUUUCUCCUUCUUUCUCUUUCGCCGACCGAGACACACGUACACGCGCGCGUAUCCGCACGCACUCCGCCACUCCAGUCUGUGCCGCGAUCGGAAUUGGGAAGGCCUAGAGCGAAUCCAAGAUCGGCCCCGCUCCCCACACGCGUUUCACCCGACGUGCGUCCACGUCGAUGACUCUUGGACGAGUGAUCCGGGCACAGUGAGGGUAUCCUCUCCUCCAAGAAGGGGUAUCCACAGUGACAAGAGAGAGAGAGAGAGAGAGAGAGAGAGAGGGGGUCGCGGAAGAGUACCAUGUCUCUACCGUUCCAUGUCUCUCCGUGAAACUUGAACAAUUGGGAGGGAAAGCGAUAUAUUCACGACGCGAGCACGCUCUUCUGUCGGACUUUCGAAAUAUUCGUCGACUUUUUGCCUUUCUAUUUGCGUAGGAUGUUCCUCGCGCGUGCACGCGCGCGCCAACCGCGGGAAAUCGGCUCGAGGGAUCGAAAAAACGUUCCGUCGAUUUUUCCGUCGAUCGUGAUAAAACGAUUGUUUCGUUAAUACGGGUCGGCCGCCUCGAUACAUUUUCGUAGACUCGGUGAAUCAGCCGACCGAUUCCGUUACUCGCGUUCGUGGAAAGUUCAAGGAAAUACGGGCGUGCUCUCGGCUGCUCGCUCGCUUCGUUCGUUCCCCAGCCUCGGUUGCCCGCUUUCUUAAAUCCUUAUUAUUUAGCGGGGGCCGAUCAUUUUCGCGAUCCCGAUUAUAUGAUAAUUGCCGCGACACACAUAUAUUCGACGUGGGAGUAUUACUUCAUGCUCGAGUAACUUUUGACAUAUUGGAAGCGUAAUCGGUUGUGACACGAAACCGCGUGCAACCCGCGAUCCCUUUCCAACUUGUACGAUUUCUUUUGUCGAUCGGGGUAUAUGUAUACCCCGUGACUUUAAUUUUUGAAUAGUUGUCCAAUUUUGAUCGAGAGAAUCGUUCUCUUUUAUUAUUAUUUAUUAAGAGAAUUGGAGCUUUUUUCUUUUCUCGUUAAUGAAACGUUUACGUUAUAAAUAUUUCGAAAGGGAUCUGUUCGUUCACCUCGAGCUCAACCUGGAUUCUAGAUCACCGAUCGUAGACGUUCAUUGAUCGAUGCUCAGACGCUGUUUUUUAUUCCUGCCUCGUUGAACACGAUGAGUCAACGUUGCUCGAUAUCUAAAACGAUCGUAGAGAGAGCAUUCCUCCAGUCGUUCUAGCUUUUGAGCACGGUCUAUUUUUUUUUUCCCCUCCCCUGAGUCGCAAAUUGAAACGAGUUUUUUCAACGUUUCUGGAACCAUUUUUAUCCCUCAUAAAUUAUACGGCGCGUAGAGUUCGACGGAUCGACCGGCUAUAUUUAUUGGCGUAUCGAUCCAUCAAAACGAUUAUUAUCUUCGCCGGGUUAUUAUUUUCACUAAUAAUAAUCAAUAUUUCGUAUCCAUUAUUUAUUAAGAACGUUCCUUCCAACUGUGGAUACAAGAUAAUCCCUCGAAUUUCUAAAAAUGCAUAAAAAAAAAAAAAUAAUGUUUAAGCAACAAUGACACGAAUCUCGAGCAAAUUAUCGAAGCGAUUAUUAAACUUCCAAUAUAUUUCGAGGGAAUUUUAUAUUUUAGCAAACGAUUCGUCAACGUAUCCAGAAACUCUCGGAACAAACGUCGUCAGCCUCGGUCGAUUUACAAUCCCCCGUAAGAGAUUGUCGUAUCGGCGUCACGUUCGUUUCCAUUCACGAAUCGGUAGGAACAAUAAAUCACGUUUAUCUUGGGGCCAGCUGGAGGUUACUCGUACGAAUCAACGUCACGUUGCAAUAACGGAACUACGUCAUAAAUUAGCAAGAGAGCUGCCUCGGCGGCCAGGUAGCCCGACAAAAAUUCUCUGGCUACCUCGCGUCACACCGGUUUCUCGGCACCGUUCCCUUCCACGCGAUCCACGGAAGGUCAAGUACUUUUCACACUUCCAUCCAUUCUUCCGGUUAUCGACCAGAUCCUUGCCGAUUCCUCGUCCCCCUUUUUCCCCUCCAAAUUUCGUAUUCGAAACGUAUUAAUGCGAUCCUUCGUUCUUCGAACUCUAGAGAGAGAGAGAGAGAGAGAGAGAGAGAGAGAAAGAGAGAAAAAGAGAGAGAAAGGACCAAAGGACCAAGGAAAAGGAGAGGAAGGAAGAUUUCCAGCGGGUGAUUCGUUGGAUUUUUCUGAGCCGAGGUCUAGAUACGAAUCGUAUACGAAGAGGAGAGAGAGAUUAAGAGGAAAUUAGAGAGGUCUCGAUAGGAGUGCAGGGUGGAAGUCGAAGUCGUUGGUUACGUCGGAAGAGCGAACGUUUACACGCUCGUAAAACGGUGAAACGGAGGGGGUUUUACAUGCGUCAUCGUCGUGCGGGUACAAAUCGCACGCGACCAUACGUUUCGACGACAGUACACGUGCGUAACGACGCGCUCGAUCGCUCCUGCGAAACACGGGGCUACGAUCCUCUUUCAAGGACACACGGUGAUAAAUGCGGUGCCGGAGAUGACGUCCUCCGCGUUCUCCAAAAUGUCCAUCCGGCUGGUACUGCUGUGCUUGGUCGUCACGUGUAACGGUGUACCUGUGCCAGAAGAGACUGAUGAAGUUACCACGAUCAAGUCCACGACGAUCACCGCGAUCUCCAUCGAUCCCGAAAUCAAGGGCCACUCGAUGGACGAUAUCUUGCCAGGAACGAAAACUCCGCCGAGUCCAGUGAUAUUCGUGGACGUUCCAGAACACAUAGAGACGGAACUCGGCUCAUCCGUGCUUCUAGCGUGCAGAACCGCUAAUCCUGUGGCAGAGUGCCAAUGGUCCUGGCAACCUUUGCCUCCGGUUCACCUCCCAUUACCGGAUAUCAGUGAAACUCCGGCGACCACCACCACGGUCUCGAUGAUUCAGACGACAACCACGCCGACUACAAAUCCGUUGCCGGUACGACAAUUUCCUGCCUUCGGGAACAAUAGCAACGACUGUUCCGUAAGAUUCUCGAGUACGAAGCACGAGCAGACCGGAUACUGGACCUGCGCCGCGAGAACUUCCACGAAUGAUCCUUUCACCAGCACGGAACCCGCCAAGCUGAGCAUCGUUAAUGAGCACCAGAGUCCCCUGAUCGUAUUUUCGAAGCUUGAUAACAUCGUCGAGGUCCCAGCAGGAUCCUCGGCGCAAAUAAUGUGCCAGAUGAAAUCACCUGUCCGUGAAUGCCAAUGGUCCUGGCGGCAGUUGAACCAAUCGCAGCCGUGGAACCUCGAGGUGAAGCGAUUCCCAGCUUUCGGCAACGACAGCACAGAUUGCAGUAUUAAAUUCAAGAACGUGUUGCCCGAGCAAGAAGGAUAUUGGACAUGCGGUGCCAGAAUCGAUCCGAAUUCCUCCUUCACGCAGUCCAAUCCCAUACGAUUUCUUAUUUCGGAAGUCGAAUUCGUACAAUUGUCUAGAGGAAUUCAAGUGGCAUCCGGCGAAUCCGUGCUUCUCAGGUGUCUGGUAAACAAGCCGGUAGUACAAUGUGAAUGGUCUUGGAAAUCUUCGAACUCGAGUCAAGAGCCUCUGUUAGUGAAGAAGUUCAAUCCGAACAAAGACGCUGAUCACGACUGUUCGGUGAGGUUCAAGAAUAUCUUGUACGAGGAGGAAGGAUUAUGGACGUGCGGUGUUCGAUUGUCACCAGAUGGAAUUUUGCACGAAGCACCACCCGCGACUGUUAGCCUUCUACCCACAGCCAAAGUUAACUUCGUUGAAAUGCCGACGGACACUUCCGUACCGGUUGGUACGGAAGCCAUGUUAAAAUGCGUAACAAGCAGCCGUGUGGAGAAGUGUACGUGGUUCUGGAAACCGCUUCACGGAAAUGAACCGGAGAUCGUCAUUGAAGAAUAUCCAAGCAAUGGCGACCUUGGUAGAGACUGUUCCUUCACAUUUCCGAAAGUGUAUAUCGAAAAACAGGGUCAAUGGGCCUGUCAAGUGUCGAUCGGUUCCCUCAACACGAUAUUGACCUCGCCGUACGCCAAACUCACCGUAUUCGAGCAAGACGACGUAAAAUUCUCAGAGCUGUCCAAAGACAUCCAAAUAACAGCCGGUGGAAGCGUUUUUCUUCAUUGUGUCACUUCCUCGGCCGUGGAACAGUGCCGAUGGUCCCUGACACCGGUGAACUCGAAUACAACGGUAGUGGUGAAGCAAUUUCCGGCGGCCGGAAGCGAGGCCAGAGACUGUAGUGUCAGGCUGACGCACGCGCUCGCGGAACAGGAAGGACUGUGGACCUGUGGUGCCAGAAUACGCGGCAGACAAAACUACACGGACGCACCUCCGGCCAAGCUGAGUCUCCUGGAACCAGAACCAGUGACUGUGGUAUUGUGGGCUGUGCCCCAUCAAAUGGUUACUCUUUCGUGCAAAGUAGAAACUAUGUUAUCAGAAGUACUGUGUCACUGGAUCCAUGCGCCAAAAAUCCAUAUUUAUCAGAAUGGAACAAAAAGGCACAAUAUUCAGAUGAAUAAUAAUACAGGUGUAUGUACCUUAGAAUUUAAACCAAAUUAUUCGGAUUUAGGGAAAUGGAUGUGUAAAUUCACUGUUCCCCACACAGAUGAAGAAAUAGGCAAUGCAUCACUUCUUCUGUUAAAUAGUACUGGAGAUGAAAAAUUGGGAUGGAUAGUUGGUGCCCUGACAACAUUAACAUUAUUUCUGAUGAUUAUUAUAGUUGUUUUAGUAGUUUGUAAGACACGUUUAUUUGUCAGAAAGUCAUCACGAGUUUUAGAAACUAUAUCUACAUCGGAAAAAAAACAAACUUUGCAAUUAAACAAUGGACAUUAUAUCGAAAAUCGAACAAAAUUAGAUAUACAAGUUUCUGAGCAACAUGAUCAAAAUAUGACAAAUAUUGAGAAUAUUCUUCCUAAUAGAAGUCCAAAUUUAUACGAACGCGUUGGAAAAUAUAGAAGAUCAUCAAAGUAUGAAAAUAUUCGAAUAUGAAAAAAAUAUUAUCAUAAAAUUUUAGCUUGUAUUUUGAAUAAACAUUUAUAAGAAAUUAAUUUCUUCUUUAUUUAAAAGUAUU